CCCCCGUGAGUAUUGUAUUGUCACUAGUCUGUUAUUCUGAAUGUUUUGCUUCGAUCGACAAGAGCUUGUUUUUCUCGACCAAAGAUGGCAAAAACUUGUUCAAUCUUCCCCGAUAACCCCGAUUACUGUACGACGAUUGUCGUUCUAAAGCGACUUGUAGCUGCUCUUUCGAUGGUUGGCUGCUUGUUUAUCAUCUUCAUUAUUUGGCUGUUCAAAAAGUACAAAUAUUUUGUACAGAGACUUAUAUUGGCAUUGAGUGUAGCAGCAUUUCUUGACUCUAUUGCUUACAUGAUGGGAGAGUUGCACCCCGAGGAAGGAACAGCUUGUACAUUCCAAGCAUGGUGGCUCUCAUUUUUUGAGUUCUCUAUGCUAAUCUGGGUGACCUGCAUCACAUUCAACUUGUACUGGAAUGCCAUCAAGAAAACCAGAACUGAAAAAUUUGAGAAGUGGUACCAUCUGUGUUCAUGGGGGAUAGCAUUAGUAAUGUCUUGUCUUCCGUUCAUUAAUAAUCAUUAUGGACCAGCUGGGGCAUGGUGCUGGAUCAAAGAGAACAGUCCCAAUAGUGUUGUAUGGCGGUUUAUGACUUGGUAUGUGCCAUUGUUUGUCAUCGUCAUUGCCUUAUACGCAGUCUAUGCUUACAUCUUCAUCGUCUACAGAAGGCAGUCUAAAGCUUGGGCUGGGACGUAUAACGCCGAAGAAGAGAGAAACAGAGCCUUGUUGAUGGAAAACGUAAAACCAUUGAUGGCAUAUCCAUGCAUCUAUCUGGUCACAUCCAUAUUCCCUCUAAUACACAGGAUCUAUAACGCUUCCCACAGCACACCAAAUUUUCCGCUUCUUCUUCUUCAUGUCAUUUCCAACCCUAUCGUUGGCGCCCUUAAUGCUAUCGUGUUUGGUAUGGACAAGGAAACAUUUAGCCGACUCAACUUACCGCAAAUGARGGUCGCGCUUGCACAACACUCUAGAGCAAGAAAACCGCUAGUCAGGGAAUACCUCGUUGGCGACACAACCGAAGUGCGACCAAACGACGACUCCUCAUGGUCAUCCUCGUCAACUGAUGGAGGACAGGCAGUCCGUACCGCCACCCCACAGGGGACAGAUUUACCUUCAGGAGAUCAGGCAGCAUCUACACAAGUUUCUACAAGUAACAUUGAAGCUAAUAAGAAAGACUGAGGGAGGGGAGGGGGAGAACACUUUGUCAGUUGUUUCAGAGUGCUGAUGUAACAUAUAGUUAAUAAUGACGUCAUAGCUUCUUGUCGCCACACAAUUCUCUCCAUCAGCGCAAUAUUAACAAAUAAUGCCAAUGCUUUCUGAGCAUGCGCAUAGCAUAUUCAUUCCGGUUCGCAUGCAAUCUCGUAUCCAGAGCCUGCAUUUCUUCUGGCCUGCGGCGAAGAACGAGGGCUCUGGCAUAAUCCUUUUUUUUUUUGAGACCAGCGYAUGCGUUCAAAGACUUGCCAAAAGUUAAAAAAUAUCUUCCCGAUUUCUGAUUUUUACUUUGAUUUUUACUUUGAAUUUUACUUUGAUUUAAUACAGUAUAUAUAUUUUCUAAAAUUGCAUAUGCGCCAAAAUUUGUAUUAUGCCAAAGUCAUCGUUCUUCGCCGCAGACCAGAAGAAACGCAGGCUCUGGAUACGAGAUGGAUUCGCAUGUGAACUUGUCACGAAUGAAAAACGUCUGCGCAUGCUCCAAGUCCGUAUGCAAAUCAGUCUUCGAGCUAUCGUAGAAAUAUCAAAACGUCUUCGAGCUAUCGUAGAAAUAUGUAUAUUUGACUUUCAAACAUGUCUGACAAAUGGACUUUACAAAAUGCCAAAACCUAGAGCCAGUGCUCAAAACUUAACGUAUACUUGGAGAAAACGAACAUUCAUUUUCUCACUAAAACUCUUUUAAAUUCUUAGAAAACGUGCUGAAAGGAGCGCAUGCGCACAUUGUUAUCCUAGUGCCUGAUAUUUACAUUUGAUACAAUAUGUAGUAUUGUCGUGUGAUGCUAUAGUUUUGGAUGUCAAUGGCAGCACUGACAGCACUGUUUUUUCAGAGUAGAAAUUAACCAUUUGCGAAUCAACGUACCAUAGGUUCAAGACACACAAAUCCUGCCCUGUUCAUAAAGCGAUAUUUUCCUAAUACAAACACGAGCGCCGUGAAUAAUGAAAGUUUCUUGCAUUAACUAGAGAGUUAAGGCCCUGUUACACGUUGAAACUUUUAUGUGAAACUUGUGUGCAGCGGCAUUGGGAGACAAGUUUUACAGGGGUGCUACACGGCGCAAUUUCGUCCUGAAACUUGUUCGCGACACAAGUUUCGGUUGCAGAAGUAGAAAGCAGUUCUACUUUUCGUGAAACUUUCUCGCGACGAAAGUUUCACAAAGCUGGGGUGUUACACGCUUCAAUUGCUUCUGAAACUUGUCUCGCAACGCUGUUGCACACACGUUUCACCCAAAAGUUUCAACGUGUAACAGGGCCUUUAUUCAUCCAUCGCCAAAGUUAUCGUUGAUUGGUGCGUCCCGUAAUACAUUACGUCAUUGCACGCUUCAUUGAAUUCCGCCCAUAUCCUCACCUCUACUUAUUCGUGCACACCACUAAAACAAGAUAAACAAAUAUUAUUGAAUUAAAAACUUUUAAUCGAAGUAUUAUGAUCAUCCGGGUGAAUGUAGUCCUGAGAAGGACUGUUUGAUGUGACUGACGUUUCGACAACCUUAAAUUCGAAUUAAAAACUAAUAAAAAGCUAAGCAAGUUAGAAAUGAAA